ACGGUGAAAUAGCCAAUCGUGCUCCUCCUCCUCACGAGUGCAACGAAGAUGGCGCAGGACGGUGCGGUACCCAGCGAUCUCUACCAGCAUGUGUACUCGUUUCUCGUGGAAAAUAAGUUCGCCAAAGCCGCGAAAGAAUUUUUGAAGCAGGCUAAAGUGAAACCUCAAGACCAAAAUGAGGACAGUCUCAUGGACAUCUUCAGUUUUUGGGUGAAGUCCCCAGAGACCAAAAAGCGCAAAGCGGUCACCAGUGGUCCUGCGGCGGUCAACGGCCCAUCAGCCAAGAAAGCAAAGAAAGAUGCGGAGAGUUCAAGUAGUGAGGACUCCAGCAGUGAAGAGGAAGCUCCUGCCAAGAAAGUUGUACAAGCGAAAGCUCCUGCUCCAAAGAAGCCAGCAGCUGUAGCUGCUAAAAAGGGCAGCAGCUCUGAAGACUCCAGCGACUCCAGUGAGGAUGAAGCUCAGGCUAAAACGGCAGCAAAGAAACCUGCAGUUGUGAAACCUGCUGCUAAGCCUGCAGCUCCAGCCAGGAAGAAAGACACCAGUUCCAGCAGUGAGGAGUCAGACUCUGAUGAGGAGCCGGCCAAAACUCCAGCAACAGGGGCAAAGGCCAAGCCUGUGGCAGGGACCCCUAAACCGGCGUCCACUCCAGUGUCUGCAGCUAAGAAGAAACAGGACAGUAGCAGCAGCGAGGACAGCUCUAGUGAUUCUGAGGAUGAGGCUCCAGCUAAGACUGCAGUAAAAGCACCAGUCCCAGCGAAGACCCCUCCAGCCAAACCUGCGGCCCCUGCAGAAUCCAGCAGCGAGGAGUCAUCCUCAGAUGAGGAAGAAGCCCCUCCUACUAAGAAACCCAAGACUGGACCGUUUAAUGCCGUCCCGCCCCCUGGAACACUGAACGCUCGUGCUCCAGUCAAAUCCCCUGCAGCUCCAGCCAAAACUGUGACUCCCAAAGCUAGUGCUAAGAAGGAUUCAUCCAGUUCUGACAGCUCUGAUUCAAGCUCAGAGGAUGAAGCAAAGAAACCAGCUGCCAAAGCUGCACCGGCUAAAGCACCUGCAAAGGUCACUCCUGCUAAGAAAAAGGACUCCUCAAGUUCAGAUUCUUCAAGCUCAGAGGAUGAAGCAGCAAAGCCAGCUGCCAAAGUCACACCUGCAAAAGCCACUCAAGCUAAAGUCACGCCUGCUAAAGUCACCCCAGCUGCAAACAAGUCUUCAUCUUCAAGCUCUGAAGACUCUGACGAUGAGGAGGAGGCCAAGAAACCGGCAGCAAAAGCCGUCCCAGUUAAACCCGUGCCAGCCAAGCAAGCGUCAGUGAAAGUCACACCCUCUGCAAAAAAAGAAUCAUCAUCAUCAUCAUCAUCAUCUAGCUCUGACUCUGAGGAAGACAAGCCAGCUGCAAAACCAACCCCUGCUAAAGCUACUCCUGCUAAAGCUACUCCUGCUAAAGCUACUCCUGCUAAAGCUGCUCCUCCAAAGACGACCCCUGCUAAGAAAGACGAUUCUUCAAGUUCAGAUUCAGACAGCUCUGAAGAUGAGGCACCAGCUAAACCAGCAGCUGCGUCCAAGCCUUUGAGCACUCCUAAACCUGCAGCCAAGCCUGCCAAAUCGAGCUCUGACUCGGACAGCUCUUCAGAUGAAGAACCUCAGAAGAAACCUGCCACCACACCGGUAUCCAAAUCUGUUACCCCAGCAAAACCUGCCGCAGCUAAACCAAGCAGUAAACCAGCGGAAAGCAGCUCAGACUCGGACAGCUCUUCAGAUGAAGAACCUCAGAAGAAACCUGCCACCACACCGGUAUCCAAAUCUACUACCCCAGCAAAACCUGCUGCAGCCAAACCAAGUGGUAAACCAGCAGAAAGCAGCUCGGACUCAGAUAGCUCUUCAGAUGAUGAGGAACCGCAGAAGAAAGCCCCCACCAAACCCGUAUCCAAACCUGUGGCCUCGGCCAAACCUACCUCAGCAGCUAAACCUUCCGCUAAAGCAGCUGAGAGUAGUUCGGACUCAUCAGACAGCUCAUCAGACGAGGAACCACAAAAGAAACCUGCCACCACACCAGUAUCCAAACCUGGUACCCCAGCUAAACCUGCAGUUGCAGCUAAACCGGCUGUUAAACCAGCUGAGAGCAGUUCUGACUCGGAAUCCGACAGCUCUGACUCUGAAGAUGAGACUCCAGCUGCUAAGACUGGUAAACCAGCAGCGGCUGUAGCUACUAAGAGCCCUGCCUCUGCCUCCAAACCUGCUCCAGCCAGUAAGAAAGCAGCUGAGUCCAGCAGCAGCGAUUCGGACAGUUCCAGCGAGGACGAGAAGAAAGGAAAAACUGCUGUGACGCCCAAAGCAGCAGCAGCUAAGCCGGCUGUGACUCCAGUUAGCACGAAGAAAGCAGAGAGCAGUAGCUCUGAUUCUGAUAGCUCAGACUCUGAGACAGAGGCUAAGAAGACUCCCGCAAAGCCUGCAGUCGCCAACGGAAAGGCUACGACAAAAACGCCCACUUCUGCAGCAAAGGCACCGGCUAAAAAGAAAGCAGAGUCUUCGUCCUCGAGCGACAGCAGUUCUGAUGAAGAGGAGGCACCUAAAACGCCAGCUGUGAAAACGCCACCUGCUGCAAAAGCACAGGCUGCUAAGGCUAAAGCUGAGAGCAGCUCGUCUGAAGACUCGUCAUCUGAGGAAGAGGAAACGGCGACUUCAAAGACUCCUGUGACAAACGGCACACAGAGCAAAAAGGGGAAAGGGGAGGCAGCAACAACACCCAAGAAUAAAAACAUCACCACAUCCACACCUCAGACUUUUCCCAGAACCAAACAGAAGGAAACCAAUGCUCCUUUCCGUAGAGUAAGAGACGAGGAAAUUGAGGUGGACCCCCGCCUGGCAGACAAUUCAUUCGAGGCCAAGUUGGGAGCCAACGGUGACUGGGGACAUAAGGCCAACAACGUACUUAAAUUUACCAAGGGCAAAUCUUUCCGGCAUGAGAAGACCAAGAAAAAGCGUGGCAGUUAUUGCGGCGGUGCAAUCUCCACAUCAGUGAACUCCAUUAAGUUUGACAGUGAUUGAGAUCACAAACUAAAUGAACUGCAGAACUCUCCAUGUCUGUCUUUCCUGUUAACUGCGACGUCAGCUCUCGAAAACACCGUUUUGACCCGUCUACCCUCUGUUCCUGCGGGACUGCCGGCGUACUAUUGACACCCUUCUGUAAUAUUGGGCAGGCAUUGACUGAAGGUGGCAGGAAUAGAGAGGGGAUGGUGAGGUAUAUGGUUGUCAUUCUUUUAUACACCCUAUCUUCCAUGCAGUUAGACAUGGUGACCACAUGGUGGCGCCAGUUCACUGCAUCUAAGCCUUUUGAUUAGUUUAUAUGUAAAAUGUGGCUUUGGAUUUACUGUAAAAAAAAAAAAAAAAAAAUGUUUGGCUUGACAAAUAAUGUACGGUUGUUCUAACAGGUAAUUGUUAAUAUACUAGAAAUGAUUUGGGGAUUUUCUUUUUUAUUAUUCUACAUCAAAGAAAUGUCAUUAUGCUUGCGUUAACAUUUUAUGAGCUUAUGUGUUUCUUGAGCCUAGUGAUUUGUCUAAUUUGGAAAAGCCAUGUGACUCCGCCCACUUCAGUUCGACAGACACUGGAGGAGUAUCCUUGAAAUAACACAUCAGUCAUCCUCAUUCAGUUUUAGUUUUGAUAUUUUAUGGUUUCAUAUGUUAUGCAGGAUUUUGUAAUUUAGUCUACUAUAUGAUCUUGUAACUGUAAUUAAAAAGUGGACUGAAACUCAA